CCGCCACCGACCUAUGGGAAGAGCCGCUGGUGUGAAGUCUGAGUAAGAGCGAUAGCGAUUGGCUGGAGGGGCCUAGGCGCCUAGAGGCGGCGGUCGCGCUGGGGUCCGCGGGAGUAAGGCGCAGCAAGAUGGCGGCCGAGACGGUGGAGCUCCACAAGCUGAAGCUUGCUGAACUAAAGCAAGAAUGUCUUGCUCGUGGUUUAGAGACCAAGGGAAUAAAGCAAGAUCUUAUCAAUAGGCUCCAGGCGUAUCUUGAAGAACACGCUGAAGAGGAAGCAAAUGAAGAAGACGUCCUGGGAGAUGAAACGGAGGAAGAAGAACCAAAGCCCAUAGAACUGCCUGUUAAAGAAGAGGAACCUCCUGAAAAAGCUGUUGAUAUGGCAUCAGAAAAGAAGGUGGUAAAAAUUACAUCUGGAAUACCUCAGACUGAGAGAAUGCAGAAGAGAGCUGAACGAUUCAAUGUACCUGUAAGUUUGGAGAGUAAGAAGGCUGCUCGGGCAGCUAGGUUUGGAAUUUCUUCAGUUCCAACAAAAGGUCUGUCAUCUGACACCAAGCCUAUGGUUAACCUGGAUAAACUAAAGGAAAGAGCACAGAGAUUUGGUUUGAAUGUCUCUUCCAUCUCCAGAAAGUCUGAAGAUGAUGAGAAACUGAAAAAAAGGAAGGAGAGAUUUGGGAUUGUGACAAGUUCAGCUGGAACUGGAACCACAGAGGAUACAGAGGCAAAGAAAAGGAAAAGAGCAGAACGUUUUGGGAUUGCGUAAUGAAAAGUUCAUGCUUUCUGCCCAUAGUGGUUUCCGUUUCUCAAAUUGUUGUUGGUUUUAUAUAUAUAUAUAUGUACAUAUAUAUAUACACAUACACACACAAACACACACCUACAUGCACAGUCGCGUGCCUCACAGUGAGGAAGCCUAUACCUUAGGUACAUCCUUGAAUUCCAGCAGCAAUGACUUAAUUGCUGCUCUGCAUUUAAGGUUGUUGGAUUUGUUUUGUUUUGUUUUUAAUUAUUUUGCUUAUUAAUAAAAGAAGAAAAAAAAGAAAA